GGCGCUGGCGGCCCGCGGACAGCCCGAGGCCUGAGGCCCAGCACAGUGAUGUCCGAGCUCAGCGACGAGGCCAGUGAACCAGAACUCCUGACCCGCAGCUUGUCCAUGUGGCAUGGGCUGGGGGCACAGGUCAGCCGAGAGGAGCUGGACGUCCCCUUGGAUCUUCACACGGCUGCUUCCAUUGGCCAGUAUGAAGUGGUGAAGGAGUGCGUGCUGCGGAGAGAGUUAGAUUUGAAUAAGAAGAACGGUGGUGGCUGGACCCCGCUGAUGUAUGCCUCCUACAUUGGACACGAUACCAUCGUGCACCUGCUGCUCGAGGCAGGGGUGAGUGUGAAUGUGCCGACCCCAGAAGGGCAGACUCCAUUGAUGCUGGCCUCCAGCUGUGGCAACGAGAGCAUCGCCUACUUUCUCCUCCAGCAAGGUGCGGAGCUAGAGAUGAAGGACAUCCAGGGCUGGACCGCCCUCUUCCACUGCACCAGCGCUGGUCAUCAGCAGAUGGUCAAAUUUCUCCUGGACAGUGGCGCCAAUGCCAAUGUGAGGGAGCCGACGUACGGGUUCACUCCUUUGAUGGAAGCAGCUGCGGCUGGCCACGAGGUCAUCGUGCAGUAUUUCCUGAAUCAUGGAGUCAAGGUGGACACGAGAGACCACAGCGGAGCCACAGCCCGGAUGCUGGCCAAGCAGUACGGACACAUGAAGAUUGUGGCCUUGAUGGACACACACUUUCCCUCCCUGCCCAAGAGCCUCUAUCGGAGCCCAGAAAAAUACGAAGAUUUGAGCUCUUCGGAUGAAUCCUGUCCCGUUCCUCAGAGACAGAGGCCGUGUCGGAAGAAGGGCCUCAGUAUCCACGAGGGGCCACGAGCCUUAGCCAGGAUCACAGCAAUCGGCCUCCGGGGCAAGGCCUCGCAGCCUGGCUAUGAGCAGGUGCCUCCACGGGGCUAUGUCACCUUCAAUAGCAGUGAUGAGAACCCCCUGGAAGGGGAGGGCCUCUGUUAUCGGGAUGUCACCUCCCCCAUCAACGACCGGGACGUGGAGAGCAGCAGCAGCAGCAGCCGGGAGGAGCGAGCUUUCUGUACCAACCUUGGGGCCGUCCAGAGCAGCAGCAGCAGUGAGGGUCUGGCCAUAGCCCAGGAACUCAGCAGCGAAGCCUCCGUGGAAAGUGACGAGGAUUCAGAUCACGCAUGCAAAAGCUCAGUUCACAAACAAGCUAAAAACUACAUGAAGGCCAAGAAUCGUUAUAGCAGCAGUGACAACCAGUGGCCUUCCAACACUGGGCCUUCCAGGGCAGCCUGUACCCCAGGAUCUAACCCCAAAACAGAGAGGUCUCCCUAUUCAGGACCCCAGGACCUGGCCAUGCUGCUGGAGCAGAUUGGGUGUCUGAAGUACCUCCAGGUGUUUGAGGAGCAGGACGUGGACCUGCGCAUCUUCCUGACGCUCACCGAGAGCGACCUGAAGGAGAUCGGUAUCACGCUGUUUGGGCCCAAGAGGAAGAUGACCUCUGCCAUUGCCCGCUGGCACAGCAGCGCCCGCCCGCCCGGGGAUGCCCUGGAGCUGGCCUAUGCUGACCGACUGGAGGCUGAGAUGCAGGAGCUCGCCAUCCAGCUGCACAAGCGCUGUGAGGAGGUGGAGGCCAUGCGGGGCCAGGUGUCCCAGGAGCAGGAGCUGCGGGCUGUGGUGGAGAGUUGCCUCCUAGAGCAGGACGGCGCCCGCAAGGACAUGCAGGCCCAGCUGCGUGAGGCCUGGGCUGUGGCUCAGGAUGCUGCUGCUGUUCUGGACCAGCUGCGAGCCUGUCAAGCUGAGCUGUCAGCCCGCAUGAGGCAGGACCAGUUUCCUGGUGCGGCUGCCUCUGGCCUGGCCUCCCCCUUAGCAGGCUGCAAAGGCUGGCAAGCGUCCCUGCAGGCCAUGAGCCUUCCUGAGCUCUCGGGGGCCCUGGAGGACCAUGUCCAUGAGAUUGGGCGAAUGCUGUGCUCAGUAACCCAGAGCCUGGAGAAGCUGCAGGUGCUGAGUGGGAAGAUGUGGCGGGAGCCCUAGCCCGAGGGACGAAUCUGACGUCGGGUGACUGAUCCACCCUGAAGCUGUGCCAGGAGUCAAGAGGGCAUGGGCAGGGGGCUGCCACAAGUGCCCAGGCCAGGUGGGGCCAGAGGAGCGGGCCCAGGAGCAGCCGCAGACAGAGGCAGGAUGGGGCCACGGGCCCUGGCCAGGCAGCUCAGGCCAAUGUUGAGGCGGGACGAGGGCCUGUCACCCAGUACCUGGUGGCAAGGCCCAGAGCUCAUGGGCUGGUCUGAUCCAGACCAGGCAGGGCCUUGGGGAGACAGCAUGUUCCCCCCCACACACACAGGUGCCACACUGAGACUUGACCCUGUGGGUGAGGACUGGAGCACUUGGAAAGUGUCAUUGGUUAUAAAAUAAAACUUAAGAUCAGCCAGUGAA